AGCGGCGUAGUUGGCCGCAGCGCGCGCGCGAAGCACUCGCGUACUAGAAGCGAAACGCUUCCUCUAGUUCGAAAACCGAAUAUAGGGCUUGAAGAUUACGCUUAGUUGUACCAAGUGCGGGAGCCGCGGACUUUAGGACUGACUGUAGGAUAGUUUUGCGAGAUGCCUUUGUUAUAUUUGCCUGAGAGAGUGGACAUGGCGCUGUCGAUCCAGUAGUUUCCAGGUGUUUGUGCUGCCGAAGAUGAGGGACGAAGUCACGUGGAUGUUGUUUCUGAUUCUUCCGUUGGUGAUUGUGACUUCGCGACCAGUGCAGGACCACAAUGGAGAGGGAAAAACUGAUUUCAACGCGCCCAGCGAACCCGCCGACCAAAGCAAAGAUGACGAAGUGAUAUCCGUGAGCAUAACGUCCUCGGUCGCAGUCGAUAGAGGCAAGGGCAAGCAGAGAAAAAUCCUGGAACCAGAGGAAGAUCUGAUCGCUCACGAGACUGCUUCUGUAACUCCCGCCAUAGCGACCAUCGAGACAACCACUCCCAGCAACGAAACUCUCGAAGAACCCGCACCAUCCUUAGCAGGCGCCAACAUAGAGUUCAUCAAACAACUUCAUUCGAAAAAAGAAGCUCGAGGAACCCAUCAUCUAGAACAAGUCCACCCAUUCCAGUUGCAGAUCAAACAUCACGUGACAAACGACUCCAACGAACCCUUGAAUGCCGAAGUAAAACAAAUCACCGAGGACAUUCAGGAAGACAUUGCAAAUAUACCAUUAGGUAGAUCAGUAGCGCUCUCGCCGCCCUCGCAAAAUUAUAUUCAAGGUCUGUCACUCGGUGAAAGGGGGCAGGGCCCGAGAUUGACAACUGUUAGUUUUAAUAUACUACACGACACGCCCGAAAAGAUAUCUAAUUAUAACGAGCACAAACCGGCUCCAGCGUUUCCGGAACAACCUAUAUACAGCGAGCAGCCGAAGAUAUACAGCCAGCCAGCGCAAGUAUACAGUGAACCCGCCAAGUUUUACAGCGAACCGGCAAAGGUGUACAGUGAGCCUGCGAAAGUUUACAGCGAGCCAGCCAAGGUGUACAGCGAACCGGCGAAGAUAUACAGUGAACCCGCGAAGUUCUAUAGUCCCCACGCCUCGCUCAAUCUGCCGCCGCAAGAAGCGCCGGUUCCUACUCCGUGGCAAAACACACAAACGCCUUCAUCCGUAGCCGCAGAUACCACGACCAGCACGACGACUUUACAACCGGAGCAUGGGCCGGAAAAGAACUACGAAGUCGACGAGAAAGACAGCGUAUUGACGGAUGGUCAAAGCCACGGGGUCCAAGAAUCUGGUCAAGAGUGCAAAGACGACAGCUGCAAGGUGGGGUACGUGGUGGAGGGGCGGCAGUACCGCAAGUACCGCGUGGAGGAGCGCACGGCGGACGGGUUCAUCGUGGGCGAGUACGGCGUGGUGCGCAACGAGGACGGCGCGCUGCGCGGCGUGCGCUACACCGCCGACGGCGACGCCAGCCCCCGCCUCAUCUACGACGCACUCAUGAAGUUCCUGCAGCUCUAACAACACAUUACACCACUAAAUACUCAACUAACAAACAUCUACAGAGUGCCACUGUUAAGGCUUGAAUGGUCUACGGACUUGAACAAUAAAGUUUAAAGGUUAUAAAGUCAAUGCUGCCAUAUUUGAGUAACCAUAUCAAUUUGGUUCUAGAUGGCAUAUAUAGGCACGCUGUAGAUCCGAGGACAUCGGUUAAAAUUAGCUCUAUUUCUUUCUUUUCAUACUGCGAAAGGAACUGAUAGAGUUCGAUUUUACAAUAAUUUUGUCAAAUGAUUGAAAAGUUAAUGUUAUCAGUAAGGUAAUGAUAACAAUGACUGCUGAAAUAAACCGUUUUUGCUCAAAUACCACGCUUCUACUAAUAUUGAAUAAAUGAUUAAGACUGACCUUCAUUUAUGAAUUUUCUACCUAUUGUUUUGCACAUUUAAUGAUACUUUAUAGACUUCGAUGUUCUAGUGACGGAAAAAUAGUUUCAUACUUCUUAUAAAAACAUGAUUUGUUUUUUAAAUGGAAUGUACAUUAUAUUGCACAUUACGCCGUAUAAGGAUAACUACUCUAUAUCAUCAACAUUCAGGGGAAUGCAGCUGUUAUAACAGUGAACAUGUAACGUAUUUAUUUCACAUUAGGCAGUUAGGUAUUGGCAUUUGUAAAACAAUAUAGUUAAGUAUAAUAGCUAUUCGCCUUAGGCCCACUUGCACCAUUCCCCUAACCCGGGUUUAACCGGUUAAACCUGGAAUUGCCAUGGUUACCGGUACUAUUUGACACUGUGUUAACGGUUUAACCGGUUAACCUCGGGUUAGUGGGAUGGUGCAAGUGGCGCUUAGUUUAUUAACGUUAACCUAUAGAUUUGAUUUAAAAAUUGCACAAACAUUCGCUCUCAUAACCUCGUGAACCCAGACAAAAGUUACGUGAGCAUAGGUGAGUAGUCAUUGUGCCAUUUUUUAAAUACAUAAGUAGUUAAGUACAUAAUCAAUAGAUAAAGUUUUACAUGCUUAUAGAUUUUAAUGUAACUUAUUAGUAAAAUCAUACCUAACAUUCAGUCGACAUGAUUAAAUGUUUUUCAUGAAACUUAAUUUCUUAAUUCUCUGCCUUAGACUAAGAUAUCUUAGCUAUCUAGCCGUAAGUAGGUAUGCUAAAAAUUGUGAGUUGAUCAAGGGGGCGAUCAAACUUAACUGUAUCUACCUUUCUAUAUCCCUCCUUAAAUACACUUUGGUAAAAUAAGUAGGUAAUUUAAGUACAGUCAAACGAAAUCAAUAAAUAUGAAA